AUGGCUGAACUAAAUCUUGAAAUACGAGCUAUUUUGCUCCAUUAUUUUAAAAGUGGUUAUAAAGCCACAAAUGCUGUUCGGGAAAUUAAUAAAAUGAUGGGAGAGAAGUCAGUUUCUGAACGGGCAGGGCAAGUAUGGUUCAAAAAAUUUAGAGAUGGUGACAUGAGCCUUGAAAGUAAGUCUCGUUCAGGGCGCCCACGUUCCUUGGAUUCUGCAGUUGUGUUAGCAGCUGCAGAAGUAAAUCCUAGUACCAGUUCCAGAAAACUUUCGGCUGCGUUGGGUGUUUCCCAUACAACCAUAAACAACAUUCUACGAGCUGGCUGCAUGGUUCCUGGAAGCUGGAAUACUGAUGCCAGUAAUGUGGAGGAAGAUAUUUAUGAACAAUCGGUGAUAACUGAUGAAGAGGAGAUUAUUUUGAAUAACUCCAUGGAAGCUGAAGUGCUGUUAGAUGUUGACGAGACUAAAGACCUGAAAUAUACCAGUAAUGAGGAAGAUGAUAUUUCUGAAAAAUCUGUAAUAGCUGAUGAGGAUGAGAUUGUUUCUAAUCAACCAAAAAUAGAAGCUGAUAUCGUGAUGGAGGUUGAUGAGACUAAAGAUAUACAAUGUGCUGAUUAUGAGGAAGAAGAUGUUUAUCAACAUGGAGUGAUGACAGAUGAUGAUGGGCUGAAGAAAAAUUACCAAUGUCCAUACUGUGAUCAUAAAACUGGAUUCCCCACAAAUUUAAAGAAUCAUAUAAUGGCCAUUCAUACUAAAGAAAAGCCUCAUAAAUGCCCUCAUUGUGACUAUAGUUCUGUUAGGCCUGGAAACUUGAAAGCACAUGUAAUGUCUUUUCAUACUAAGGAGAAGCCUCUUCAGUGUUCUUUUUGUAGUUAUAGAGCUGUUAUCGCUAACACAUUGAAAAAACAUAUAGCAUCAGUACAUUCCAGUAAAACACACCAGUGUCCCCAUUGUGAGUAUAGCGCUGUUAGAAACGAGUAUUUAAAGAGACACAUAAUGUCCCUUCAUUCAGGAGAAAAACCUCAUAAAUGCCCUGAUUGUUGUUACAGUACCGAUAGGCCAGGUUAUUUAGAAAGGCAUAUCAUGUCCAAACAUACAAAGCAAAAGGAGCAUAAGUGUCCGCAUUGUGACUAUUGUUCUGCAAGACCUGAAAAUUUAAGCGAACAUCUAAUGAAUCAGCAUACAAGCGAAAAGCCUUACCAGUGUUCUCAUUGUGACUAUAGAGCCAUUUCACUUAAAAUUUUGAAACGACACAUUAUGACAUGCCAUACAGCAGAAAAACAAUAUCACUGCCCUCAUUGUGAUUACAGUGCAGCUAGAUCAGAUUACAUAAAGACACACUUACAGACGCAACAUUCUAAAGAAAAGCCAUUCAAAUGUCCAAGCUGUGAUUAUAGAGCUUUUAGACCUGAAUAUGUAAAAACACACUUACGAACUGUGCAUACUAAAGAAAAACCUCACAAAUGUCCAUACUGUGAUUAUGGAACGAUUUUCACAAGAAAUCUAAAAAAACAUAUCAAUGCUAGGCAUCAGGAAGAGAAGUCGUUGGAAGAGGUGAGGUGA